UUUGUUGGUGUUUGCUGUGUGUAAUCAUGAUCUCGCCGGAACAGCAUGAAGUUGAUUUGGUGUUGGAUCGCCAAGUGCGCCGGAAUAUUCAGGACAUGAUGCACGAGGCUGAUGUACAAGCGAAUUUGUUAGAAAGCGAAGGCGUUUCGGGACGUGAGCGCUACAACUCGGAAUCCAGUAUCGACCAGGAUCAUUUACAGCAGGACACAAUGGCGGUGCUGGGCACCCUAUCUGCAGAUGAGAUUGUCGAAGAGGACCAAGACUCUGAGCAAGCGGUUCAGGAAAUACAGAACUUUCAUGAUAUGCUGGUAGAAACGCACAUUGAUGUCAAUGGUUCGCUUAGAAAACGUCGCGGCAAUUUGCCAAAGCACUCUGUGAAGAUAUUGAAACGCUGGCUUUACGAGCAUCGCUACAAUGCGUAUCCCAGUGAUGCAGAGAAGUUUGCCCUCUCCCAGGAGGCGAAUCUAACCGUGCUUCAAGUAUGCAACUGGUUCAUAAAUGCUCGUCGGCGCAUUCUGCCAGAGAUGAUACGCCGCGAGGGUAAUGAUCCUUUGCAUUUUACUAUCUCGCGCCGUGGUAAAAAAAUAAGCCCAAACUCUUCGGGUUCCAUGGGUUUAAAUAUUAACUGCGCCCCAAAUCCCAUUACAGGCAGCCCUGCCUCGGAAGUGGUUGUUGGCGCUACAGAGGAGGUGCACAGUGCCGCUGAAAUGCAUGAGGGAAUAGCCAAUGUACUCACCAAUUUCGAUGAAUAUGUGCGUGCACCCAAUGGCCAGAUAGUCAAAAUGGAGCCAGAGUUCGAUGAGAGUGUUAUUUACAGUUGGCAACAAGCAAUAGCAAACAAUCCGAUGGGCUUUCAGAGGCUGCACACAUCGUUGCAAGCUACCAUAAUCGAUAAGAUACAAAGCUAUCAGUUGCGCAAGGCGGCCAUGAGCGAUGGUAGUACCAGCAGUAGCAGCAGCAGCAGCUAUAGCGCCAGCAAUUCCAUGUUAUCAUAUAGCCCUUAUGGCCAACUGCCACCCGAGUUCGAUGAGGACAAGCCAAGGAAGCGCGGACGCAAACGUCAGACCGAGCUGAACAAGAACGAGACUGUGGCAAAUAAAAUAAUUAAGCAGGAACGUGCCCAAGGGGACCAACAGAAACUGUAUCUGUCUAAAGCAGAAGUAUUUUCUAAACAGGAUGAUUGCAAUGGUUUUGUGGCUGCGCUUAGAUCUGAGGGUGAGGAAAGCGGCCAUGACUACGAGUCCUGCGAGCAGGUCAGCGAGGAAGAAGUGCGCUUUGAGACCUCUGAUGACUGGCAGAGUGUCAUCAAGACCGUUUUCAGCACCGAGGAAGUGACCACCACCAAAAAUAAUGCUAGUGCUUCCAAUUGUGAUCCAGUCCCCACGCAGAUUAAGAGUGAGAGCACUCAGCAACUACUGGAUCAUAUGUUAGGCGCCGAGGCAACUAUUGUGACGAGUUCGAAUGCAGAUGAUGGCGUUGCAUGUGCUCCAGAGCAGGAAGAAAAUGCUACCAUAAGAGAUAAUGAUAAUACACAAAUUGAAGCGCAAACACCUCCACGUCAAGCUUUAAGUCGUGAGGAACGCGAUAAAUAUAAAUGUCUUUAUUAUCUUGUGGAAACUGCUAUGGCUGUGCGUCAGAGCGACAGCGGCCAAGAUGAAGAACUUGCGUACAUGGGGAACUAUCUGAAUAACUAACCUCUUAAUCAAAGAUUUACUGUACAUAUUUAUCAAGUAUUUGAUUUAAAUUCAAGCGUCUGCUUGCGCUUGUUAAACUUAUUGAAGCGCGUUAGCGAUUUUCUAAUUGCUUACGUAUCGUUUGCAGAGACACUUCACAAAUACAUAUUGAAAAAAA